GUUUGAACGUGCGCAUUAAAUUCACCGACGCAUUAUUAUUUGAUUUGUCAUGCGAUAAUUUGGCACUGGAUGACCCCAAUCUGCCGCGAUUCUCGAGCGUCGUGCGAGUCAAUAAAGUGAACUUCGAGAAUUGCACUCCACCAAGAAACGGUUCUUUCGCGAACGCGAUUGCGGCUCUCAACGUGACGAGUUUCUCGUCCCUCUCGCUAGAUAAACUACCGCCAAAAUCGGUGAUAAAGCACGAGCAUCUCGCCGGCUUGCAGCAGCUGGAGAAGUUCAGUCUAUAUGGCUCGAACAAUGCGAGCCUCGCCCCGGGCGCCCUGGCUGCACUCUCCGUAGCGCCCGCGCUUCACAACCUGUACCUGAACUGGGUGCACACACCUGCCGCCGACCUGGUACGUCUACCGCAGUCAUUACAAAAGCUCUUACUGUGGGAUGUGGACGCUGUCAGUGGGUAUUUUCAAUGGUUACCAAAUCUGACCUCGUUGUAUGUAAGCGAAAAGUAUCCGAUCGCCGUGGACGUGAGCAACAACACCGCGCUAAAAACUUUAUCUGUGAUAGCACCGGAUACUGUGAUUUCUGAAAACGCACUGCCGCCGACACUUACUACACUCAAACUGCGCAAGUGGAAUGACACGAAGCCGAAGCCGAAGACGCGUUGUGCGCAACUCGAGGUCCUGAUGCUGACCGGCACUGACAAUGAAAGAUAUCCGGUGUCUCUGCCGGACGAGUGGUUGUCUAGCUGCAUCAGGCUGAGGGAGCUGUACAUUUACAACGUUCCGGUCCGCGGCGUGCUGCCGGCGCGGCUGCUAGCCAAGGCGACUGCGCUGAAGGAUAUUUCGAUUAAGUACUGCAACCUGUCUGCUCUACCACAGGGCUUCCUCGACGACACACUGAACCUUACAAAACUCGAUCUAUCUAAUAACAAACUCACAUCGCUACCCAGCGGAUUAUUUCUGCGCACGAAGUUACUAGAAGAGCUCAAUCUCUCACACAACCUGUUAAUAAGCGCGGUGGCGGAGGCGCUGUCUGUCGUCUUCUCGCUGCGGAACCUGCGCCUCAACAACAACAACAUCGGCGACCUCUGUCUCAGCGGCUCCAACUCCACGGAACCGGCAGAUACUUCGAUGCUAAGAAACUUGACAAACCUGCACUCUCUAUACCUGAGCUACACCAAUGUGUCACGUGUGUGUUACGACUGGCGUGUGAAGUUACUGAACCUCAAAAAGCUCGAUCUGAAUAACUCCGCGGUCACCACCCUUACUUGCGACGAUCUGCAUUACUCGCGCGUGACGACGGCCACCGUGAUGCUGGGCAAGUACAAGCUGCUGUGCCAGCGCAGGGACUACGACAAAUCACUUGCCAGCUAUCGCAUUAACGCUUUCGUUACUUUAGACGGCUCGUUGGUAUGCGACUGCAACACGUACUGGGCAGCGCGGGUGUUCCAGAAUAACGUUUUGGAUGUAAUUACACCGCAAUGCAAGAAUUAUAAUUAUCAUAAAUCCAUCGCCAAUAUGAACCACGACAAUCUCACCUGCUCCGCAAGCGAAGAAUGUGCCGCGCUGCCAGCCAGCUGUACGUGUCGCAAGCGCGACGACCACGAGCACGGCUCGGUCGUCAUCGUGCGGUGCGUCGGACUCACAGAGUUCCCGCGUCUGCCGCGCCAGCCGGAUGCCACUCACAAGUGGCGUCUGCACCUCGCCAACAACAGCAUAUCGCACAUCGACGCGGCUGACAUCUUGGAGAACAUCGUGGAACUCGACCUACGGAACAAUUUCAUCAGGAGAGUGGAUGGUGCGACAGCGACGAAUCUGACGUCCGUCCUGCAGCUGCAGCUCGCCGGAAACCCUCUCGAAUGCGGCUGCGAGGCGUACACGAUGCUGAGGGCGUUGCUCGAAGCCAAGUCAUUGGUCGACAAAAAAGACGUUAGAUGCAACGGCACUGGCCAACGGCUGGUUGCGGUGACGCCAACGGCAUGUCCCGGACAAGGUUUAAUGUCGGUACUCCCGUGGGUGCUCCCGCUGGUGGUAUUGCUGGCCGUCGCGAUAUUUGCGUACGGCUUUAUCACACGACCUGCAACGCGUUUAUGGAUCAAGUUUUUCCUAAUGCGGCUCGGCUGGAUACCACGGCCCUUUGAGCCGGCUGAUGAAGAUCGUCCGUACGACGCAUUCGUGUCAUUUGCACACGAGGACGAGGAGCUCGUGGUAGAGCAACUAGCGGCGCGGCUCGAGAGCGGCCCGCAGCCAUACCGGCUGUGUCUGCACUACCGCGACUGGGCGCCGGGCGAGUGGAUCCCGGCGCAGAUAGCGGCGUCGGUGCGCGCGUCGCGGCGGACCGUGGCGAUCGUGUCGACGCACUACCUGCAAUCGGACUGGGCGCGCGCUGAGUUCCGGGAAGCGACCGCGGCCUCGCUGCGGGACGGCACACCGCGGCUCGUCGUUGUGCUACUGGACGACCCCGACCGGCUGAUGCUCGAGGUCGACGCCGAGCUAAGCGCCUACGUGCGCCACAAGGUGUACGUGCGGUGGGGUGACCCCUGGUUUUGGGAGAAGUUGAAGCAGGCUUUGCCACUACCGCGAGCACGCCAUCUUAAGAGUGUCCCAUCUUUUCCCGCAUCUGCGCCGGACAUCCCACUUGUACUCACGCACGCGGGUCGGGAGACGGCCCUCGCCCCGGCGCCUCCCUCCCAGGACUACGACAAGCCAAUGCCGGGCGCGACUCUGUGCUCCACCUAAUCUUUGGCGCUGGUCACGACUCGCGAGGUAUCGAAUGCUACUACCAAAUUAGACAGCAAUUUAAACAUAAUCAAUAAUAAUUAAAGAAGCUUGCCUCACCACAAGCGAAAAUAGUACUAGCACGAUUUUUUUCAAGAAUGAAUAAUAUCGUGCUGGUAGGGUUUAAUAGUGGUAAUCUUUUGAAUGAGCCAACUUUAUGAUUAUAUAACAUUGCACAAUAUUAUAAAACUAACUUGUGCAGUGGCGUGGGGUCGGGCAUUAUCUUGCAUUAGAGAUUUUUUUUUAUCGAGAUGAGCUUGCCGUUCGCCUGAUGGUAAAUGAAUUACAAAGUAUUGUUUAGUAUUACACCGCGCUCGCUAUCAUGAGACAUGAGAUGUUAAGUCUCAUUAUGUCCAGUAGUUAUACUGGCCCAAAGUCCUUCAAACCGAAACACAACAGUAACUAGGCACCGCUGCUUGGCGGCAGAAAUAGACAUUGCGGAAGUGCCUACCCAGGUGGACUCUCACAUACGAGAGACCUACCACCAGUAAAGAGAAAGUAGAGUAAAAUUUUUGCCUAUUAACUCUGUUAUAUAGCGCUGUGCCGUCAAAAAACCUCUCCCACCGUCUUGACGAACCAUGUCGAUGAACACAAGUUGCCCACCCGAUCAUCGAAAUGCCACCCCAGACCAUACACGAACCGCGUCCCAAAGGAACACGCUCCUCAAUGCAACUUUAAGCAUAUCUCUCCCCACAACGACGAUAGACUCUUCUGGGACCGUCUGCACCAGUUAAACAUGUUUUACACUCAUCGCUGAAGAAUAUGAAGGCCCAUUGCUCUUCAGUCCGAUUAAGAUGUUCACGCCCAAAGCUCAUACGAGCUUGUCUGUGAGCCGCAGACAGCUUUGGACCAUUUGUUGGUCUAUAAGAUGUGAUUUCGGGUUUCUUAAGUCUUCUUCCUAUUAUUCGUGCACUCGCUUUUGCUCCACGUACUUCAUUGAGCUCUUUUUUUACUGACGUGAGGAAAACAUUUCGUAGGGAAGUUGAAACAAUAAAUCGGUUUUCACGAUGUGUCGAUGCUCGAGUUCUGCCGCCGGUACUUCUGCAAACCAUCAGUAUACUCUAGAAACCGUAGACUGGUUUAAAUUUUAAUUUUUAGCAGUUGUUCGUUCAUCCAAAACUUCCCGCACCAAUGCCACAAUUUGAGCGGCUUCGGACGAAGUAUCCAUAUUUAUGCUUACGAAUCUUUUGUUGAGUUAAAGAGACUACUAAUCAAUACUAUUGGUAACAAUAAUUUAAAUCGUGAAUGAUAAAAAAAAAACUAUUUAAUUUCUAACUUUAGUUUAAUAACACAAUUUUGUGACUAUUUUUCGUCCGCAGUCGUCCCUGCGCGGUGCCGCCUGUUGCGGCCCGUCUCCUAUUGGGGAGGGCUCAGAAGCCCCCGCGUAACCGAAGGACGCUCUCGGCAUUAACGGCAGCAUGAAGCCUACGUUCCAUGCUGCCGUCCAUCCCGGGGGUCAUCACAAUGUGCGAGAUGUGAACAACGUACACUAAGGGCGGACGGCCCCUAGCCGCCCGCCGACGACACCCCGAUGGCCCCUAUUAGUCGCCUUUUACGACAGGCAGGGGAUACCUUGGUGAAAUUCUCCAAACGCCCCCAUUCCACAGGGCGAAAGACGCCGGUCAGUCGUCCGUCCGGCGCCUCCUGCGUCUCCUCUGGCGGCGGGAGGGAUCAUCUCUCUCCCCCUCUCGGCACUCUCCUGCUGCGAGAUGACUAUCUCACAAAAGUAGGCCACCGCACGCCAGGAUCUUUGGCUGCCGACCAUGGAAGCGACCACGAUCCAAUGGCACCUGUGUAUCUUACUAUAACCACUAUAGAUAGCGUACUAUAUCCACUUUAAGUUAAAAAAAAUCACAUAUGAUGGGGUAAUUAGAAACGUUUAAACUCUAGACGGUAAUAUUUAUUAUUUGCCUUGUACCAAUUUUCCUUCCCUCGCGUAGGCCUAAUGUCGGCCAACAUCUAUAGUCGACAUAAUCAUAUAUAGGUAUGUGGGGAAUAAGUGCAUAAUAUAAUUGUACUGUUCUAUUAUAGACAAAGAAUUUUCAACUUCUGAUUGAUUACUGUUACAUAAUCGGGCGAUUAGAGUCGAACUGAUGUCAGGUUGCACCAAGUACUCGGGGACGCUAUACCUUUUAUAAUAUUAAGCUGUUGGCUUGUCAGGGCAUCAUCCUGGGCAUUUGCUAUACUUCCAGGUGUCGAAUUUGAGUCGUGAGACCCAUUUAAUCCAAAUAAUAUAACUGCACACAUACCUAAGGGAAGCGGUAGUGGUAAAUAAACACAUAUUUUUUAAAACUAGCUUUUGCUCGCGGCUCCGCACGCAUAAUAAAGUUUCCGGGCUAAAUUCCUAUAUAUGUAUAUUUAUAUAAAUAUAGUAACGCAAUGUCAAAAUGACCCUGUAUGUAUUCAUAUAUAUAUUCCCAGGGUAGAAAGUUAUCAAUGCUCUUCCCAGGAUAUUAAACUAUCUCCAUACCAAAUUUCAUCCAAAUCCGUUGGGUAGCUUUUGAGUUUAAUACGUCAGACAGGCAUAUAGAUGCAGCCGGGGACUUUGUGUUAUAAUAUGUUUCUUAGAACUUUUAAAGAAGUAACAAUACUGUCAUACAUAUUUCUAUUAGAGGAAUAAAUUUUCCCCGUUUUUGCAACAUUUUUAUUAUAAAUCUUAUAGCCUUUCCCGAUAAAUGUCCAGUUUUCCAUCACUAAAGAAAUUUUUCAAUUCGAACCUAUAAUUCCUGACUUUAGCGCAUUCAAAUAAACAAACUGUUCAGCUUAAUAUAAUAGUAUAUAUAAGUUAUUAUUUAAAUAUAGCUGUGAUUACAUAGAUCAGACAACAGCGUGUACUUUUAUUUAACACAUUAUCCCUAUUUUCCUUUCAAAAAUAUAAAGGCAUAUAGGGAAUUAAUGUAGAGCUCUCAUUCCUAAACACGUACUCAAUAUAAUAUUUUGAAGUUUGGAAAGCAAGUAGUACUUAGUACUUACACUCACGCACAGCGCCGUUUUUGCAUGGCGUUGGUUUGCACUGUUCCUUACAGUGUUCGACAAAAAGUAAUUAAAUUUCGCAACGCGAUUUCGCAAUGGAAUAUGAUUACCAUUACAAAUUACUGGAAAAAGAAUUCCCAACAGUUUGUGGCGUAUCCGAACGCCAUUCGGUAUGUCUAUGGACAAAAACUAAAACGGAGUAUUGUCUACGACAAGGAAAGUUACACACACCGAACACACGCAGUGGAGUACGCGGCUCUGUACAAUCAAACGUUAAAAUAAAAGGCCGUUACAAGAAGACCAAAUUUUUAUUAUUGUCAGCCUCAAUACGGUGCUCGCAGAAAAACCUACAUCCAGCGAUCCCAAAUUGGUGACCCCGACGUGAUCCACUGUAGCGGCGUAAAGGUAAACACCGCUGUAGAGGAACAGAUGGUUGCGUUCCUCUAUGGAAGGGGAAGAUUUCCAGUCAGGCAGAUGUUGCGCCUGACCGGCCGCGGCCCCUCCAACUGUUCCUAUUCGGGGGUGGUAUAUAUGCUGCACGUCGCGCAAAUUGUGCAAGCGUGAUUCAGGAUCGUUGUCGCCAUCUAUCGUGAUUGCUGUGUGAUUAUCAUCACUCCGGUUGUGUCACUGCAUCGAUCCUCUUGAAGUUCCGGCGAUGUUGACAAGAUGGCGGUAUAUGCACUAACUGUACCGCCACAAGUUCAAUUGACGAUUACAAAUACAUUGAGAAAGUAA